GGUUAACUGGUGGUUCCGUUAAUAACACAGCUAUAGUUCGUAGGUUCAAAGUAAGACCGAAUUAUGAUCACGCUGGCUCAUCUGUAUACUCAGCUCGAGUAAUAAAAGCAAACCAACAAAUACAUAGUUACAUCAACGAUCUCUAUCUUGUUAGAAGAGUCUCGAAGCUCGUAUUUCUAUCGAGCUAUAUCAAGAAUGUCGGUUAAGUCGAUCAUCCGACAUCAAAGUUCUAGAAUUAUCUUUUCGCCGCAGUCCCGCCUACAACCUCUCACACCUUGUUCCACCUCACAAGAUAGAAAAUCCCAUGGUCUUUCACACGUCAAAUAAUCCUUUCCUGACUUCCAAUCAACCCCACUAGUUACGUUCCCCGACAUAUAAUGCACAUGUCCGGCCUUUUGACCCGUGCCUCUCUCUCUCUCCUCAACAUCCUCCUCACUCCACUCCUCACCACGUCCACAUCCACAUCCAUUCGCGCAUCGGCAAUUGGUCCGCCACGAUUUCAACUCGAUCUUCCUAUUCACCCCCAGUGCUCCGCAUUUAAUCUAUACCGUCGCCACAACUCCACUUUCUACUCAACAAUGUCGACGACCUCCUCCCAAGAACCCCAGGCUACUGUAACAGCCGACGCCAACGCGGAGAACCGGACGCAGGAGCAGCUGGGACGAAAAGAAUAUCUCGCUCUUCCAGAUGCAGGCAGCGCCAAUUCCGCGUCGCACGAACUUGACGUAAGCGGCGACGGCUCAUCCGUGAAGCUGGACCAUCUGGGCCCCUUGGUUGUCAACCAGGACGGAACACUGUCGAGAAUCUCGAACUGGGAGCAAAUGACUGAGAUCGAGCGGAGAAAUACACUAAGGGUCCUGGGAAAGCGGAACAAAUUGAGAAUGGAUGCUAUCAAAGAGCAACAAAACCAGGGCCAGCAGAACUAGGAGUAUCCUUGUCGGGGAAGAACAAAAGAACUCAACCACGUCAUCUACUUGCUAGAUCGCGGUUUAUGACUUUUAACGACUUGUGUGUUGUGACCAUAUGCUUUCUUUCCAGAUCGAAUCUACAGGGGCGCAUUGCCAUACGGCGUGUUAUAUAUCGUCAUAGCCAGAACUUUAAUUUCAUCAUCAUCACGUAUCAGGCCUGGAGCAAA